UGAGAUUCAGGAGGCAUGGUGACAAAACAGCUCUUCAACAACAUGUGUACAGUGCAGCUGGAGGGCUGCAGCCAUGAGCUUUCACAUCAGGCUGGACGAUGAAAAAGAUGUUUUCCCCCGACUGUUUCUGAAGAGCGGUGCUCAAGAAAUUUCCUCUCGGGAAGCUGUAUAAAUAGGUGGAGAGCAAGUGCAUUGCAGCUCCUGAGCUCCAGAGAGAAUUGGAGCACCUGUUCUGCAGAACUGCACCCCUCAUUGUGCAGUUCUGCUUCCAAAAAGGGGCUGCUUUCUCUCAAAAAAAGAAUCUUCUAAAGGUACUCUUGUGGAAAAAAAACUCGGUAUUGCUGAAGCAGAAAGAAAAAACAGGAGUUCUAGGAAGAGCUGAGGAGCCCAGAAGGGUAUAAUCCUCAUCACGGAAGGAAAAACACAGGAAAUGUGCGAAAUGCUAAGAGCUGAGAGAAACAUGCUUCAUAUCAGCAGCAACUAAAAUUGAUGGGCAGCAUCAUUGGAACCAUGGGGUGCAGCAGUUCUGUAGCUGACAGAAGGUCAGAGAGAGUCAUCAGAGCUGCUAUCCUCAUCCAGAAUUGGUACCGCUUUACAAUGGCCCGGCUAGAGAUGAAGCGCCGCUAUUCUCUGAGUAUCUUUCAGUCAAUUGAAUAUGCUGAUGAGCAAGAUCAACUACAGCUGUCCAACUUUUUUACUUUCAUGCUGGAUCACUGUACUCAUCCUGAUUCGGUUUCUCACAUUUUCACCAGCCCUCAUGUUUCUCAGGUAGUAGAUGAAGGCUUAUAUUUACCAGACUUUGAAAAGAUUGAUGUUCCAGAUUCCUAUUAUGGACCACGGCUCUCAUUUCCCCUUACUGUUGACGAUGCCAGUGCUCUUCUUCAUGCUUUCAGGAAUGAACAGCUGCUUCAUGCCCGCUAUGUACUGCAGCUCUUACAUGAAACUAGGAGAGUUCUCAAGGAGAUGCCAAAUAUCACACAUCUUUCAACUUCCUACUCCAGGGAGAUAACUGUCUGUGGAGAUUUGCAUGGAAACCUGGAUGAUCUUUUGCUGAUAUUCUAUAAGAAUGGUCUGCCUUCAGAACAAAACCGUUAUGUCUUUAACGGUGAUUUUGUUGACAGAGGGAAAAAUUCUAUGGAAAUACUUAUAAUCCUGUUUGCAUUUCUUCUUAUCUACCCCAAUGAUUUUCACUUGAAUAGAGGAAACCAUGAAGACUACAUCAUGAACCUGAGAUAUGGCUUCACAAAAGAAGUUUCAAAGAAGUACAAGGACCAUGGGAAACAGAUUUUGUGUCUUCUGCGAGAUGUCUUUAGCUGGCUUCCCCUCGCCACUAUAAUUGAUAGCAAAGUUCUUAUCCUACAUGGAGGGAUUUCAGACACCACAGAUUUGGAUUUCCUGAAUGCUCUUGAGAGAAAUAAGUUGAAAUCUUUGAUGCGGCCACCAAAAUCAGUAAGAGACAGACAGGACCAAGUGAAGGAGAGAAUUCCCACAACCAGACCCAGUAAACACACUGCCAACCAGAAUGUCACAGGAAAAACACAACACAUCUCUUCAUCAGGCUCCACUGAGCCUUCAGGCUCGAAUUUGUCUUCAGACCCUGCCCUGAAGGAAUGGAAACAAAUCCUUGACAUUCUCUGGAGUGAUCCACGAAGCCAAAACGGUUGUAGACCAAACAAGGGUCGAGGAGGAGGUUGUUACUUUGGCCCUGAUGUCACUGCCAAGCUGUUUAAAAGGUAUAAUCUGAAGAUGCUCAUCAGGUCUCAUGAAUUUAAGCCAGAAGGUUAUGAGAUCAGUCACAAUGGGAAGGUUAUCACCAUAUUUUCUGCCUCUAACUAUUACGAAGAAGGGAGCAACCGGGGAGCAUACAUCAAACUGAAUCCUGAACUGAUUCCUCGGUUUGUACAGUAUCGAGUCAGCAAGUACACGCGCAGGCAGAAUCUUUGGGAGAGGGUGGGUACAAUUGAAUCAUCUGCCUUAAAGUCCUUACGAGAGAAGAUUUAUGCUCACAGGUCUGAACUCACUAGGGCUUUUGCACAGUAUGACCUCAACGGCACAGGUAAGAUUUCUGUCAAUGACUGGGCUGCAGUGAUGGAGUCUGUCCUACAGCUGGAGCUGCCCUGGAGGAUGCUGCGGCCUCACUUAGUACAGAUGAACCCAGAUGGAGGAGUUGACUUCAUGUCAUGUUUUUAUGAUUUGAAAAUAGGUCAACCUAUAAAAGAGGUUCAGCCCGCUUUGGUGGAAACGCUGUGCAGAUAUAGAAAGGAUCUGGAGAUCAUCUUUAACAUCAUUGACAAAGAUCACUCAGGUCUGAUUUCUCUUGAGGAGUUUGGCCAGACAUGGAAACUCUUCACUUCUCACCUGGGCAUCGAUGUGCAUGAUGAAGACAUUGACAAGUUAGUCCUCAGCAUAGACUACAAUAAAGAUGGCCACAUUGACUUCAAUGAAUUUUUAGAGGCGUUUCACGUGGUUCAUAGACUAGAGAAAAAGGCAAACUCGUGAAAUGACAGAACUUCUUGUGGGCUGUUUUGGAAGCUCACUUUCCUGUCAUUAGUCAUAAGCAGUCUGGGAAACCGAUCUCCAGACUGACAAUAAACGGGCUGCUCGAUAUGGUAAGCAUUGCCAUCACCGCGUAAGCCUUUAUUUAGUCCCUUCUGGAUGAUACAUACCUGCUGGCGAUAAGACAGGAGACACAAACCCCCGCUACUUACAGUAUUACUGUCACUGCCACAUCAGUACCUUACAACUGAUCAUCUCCCUUGGUGGCACCUUCCCCAUCGACCUAAUCCAUCAACGCUGCCAAGGUCACACCUACAAGCCCCCGGGAAAAGAAACUUACUUGGGUACGUUUCCGUCAUCAGCCCUUAGAGACAGCUGAGACAUAGCCUUGAUGACCAAAGAACAUAACAGUCUCUUCCUGAGGAUGUAACAGGCGUGGCAUCCAAUCCAGGAGAGGAAAAGAGGGAAGAACGGUCAAGAAAAUAGGUGGUGCUGCAUUUAUUCUUGCUCGUUGCAUGAUGCAGUGAGCUCAGACCAUUCCAGGUCACUGUCUAUACUCCUUGAAGUUUACAGACACAACUUAAAAGGCUCUUAGCUGACAGGCACUGCGCUAGCUUUCCUCUUGCAACCGGCUACUUUUGCCUGUGCGUGUUGGGGUUUGGAGCUAAGCAACAGUCAUCGCUCGUCACCUUAAUGAAGACUAAAUCAUUGCAUGCUUAAUGUAACGUACGAUAAAGCACACAAUAAAGCUUUCGCUU